AUGAAGACUUCCGCUCUGCUCGCCGCCAUUGGCGUAGCGUCACUGGCCGUCGCCUCCCCCGUCCUGCCCUCGCGGACUGCUCGCCAGGCCGAUGGUACUACUCCCCCAUGUGCCAAGGUCUCCAACUACGUCUACGGUAAUGGAACACUACCCGCCAAGCUCAGCAUGCCCGCUCAGUUGGCCUGGGACUGCAUUACCACCGUUCCCUUCAACGCCUCAUCAGCAAAGCGGCUCAUUGGAGCGAUGCGUCCCUACAUUGAGUGGCAGAGCACCCUCUCUGAGCUCAAGAACCCGCCUGCCGAGUACGCCGAGAAGGUGCAGCCUCCUGUCGACAUCUUCGGUGGCCUUGAUAAGAUCGAGGGCGACAUAGACGCCGGCAACUUCAAGAGCGAGUACGACUUUGGCUGGACUCUCUACAACCUUAUCCUUUCUGCUCACGAUGGUCACUUCUCCUAUAUCCCUGACUCCGUGGGCGCUAUUUUCACCUGGGGCCGCCCUGUUCCCCUUGUCUCUGUCUCUGCAGAUGGCGACCAGCUGCCGGCCGUCUUCGUCUUCUCUGACGUACUCGGUAUGCAAUACAAGAACAUCUCCUACACGCCCUCGCCUGUGGUUCAGAUUGACGGCAAGGACGCGACCGAGUUCCUCGAGGACCUCAGUCAGUACGGCUCUCUCCAGGAUCGCGACGCUCUCUACAACAACGUCUUUUACGAGCUUGCCCAAGUCAGCCUUGGUACCUCAGGUAGUGGCACUGGUGUCUUCACUGGAGGUGGCCGCGGACGAUGGGUUUACCCUGGCGCCACCACAACCCUAACCUUCGCCAACGGCACAUCCUACACCAUGGAGAACUACGCCCGCCCAACCAUUCCUUUCCGCGAGAUUGCAACAGGUGAAGACCUGGCUAGGAAGUGGUUCAGCUUCGAUUCCGCAGGUACUUCGUUUGCCGAUACUCGUGUCCAGUCGGAGGAAGAUGUAUCUACCCUCGCUGCUGGUGCCGCUACUCCUGGUUUCCCUGCUCCUGUCGCCGCUGGCCCUCAGGGUCUCAUCAAUGGCUUUUACAUCGACGCUGCUGGUUAUGAAGACGUUGCGGUAUUGCAGGUGCCCAACUUUGUCGGAAACGUCCGCGCAGAGGUGCCGUUCCAGGAGCUCACCCAGAACUUCAUCCCAAAGGCUCUCGCGGACGGAAAGACUAAGCUCAUCAUCGAUCUCCAAGCCAACGGUGGUGGUACCAUUCUCCAAGGCUAUGACAUGUUCAAGCAGUUGUUCCCUGACGUCGAGCCUCUCGGUACUAACCGCUGGAGGGCGCAUCAGGCCAUGGACCUCGUCGGACAGUCUCUCAGCAAGUUUGCAAGCCAAUUCCCCAGGGAGCUCGGCAACAACAAUACGAUCAGUUUUGCCCAGUCUUCUUACUUCGACUACCACAUGGACAUGAAGGCCGAUGGUACUCCGUUCUCCUCCUGGGACGAGAAGAUUGGUCCUAAAGAGGUUCAUGGAGAGUUUUACACCACGGAGGCUCGAUGGAACCUUUCUGAUGUAUACGUUCCCUACGUAUCUGGUGGCAUUAAUGUCACUGGCUACGGACCCUUGUCGGGCGUUACCGGACCACCAAAGUUCGCACCCGAGAACAUCGUCAUCGUGACCGACGGCUACUGUGCCUCAACCUGCACUAUAUUCAGUGAGUUGAUGAAGCAACAAGGCGGUGUCAAGACCAUCGCGAUGGGUGGCCGCAGCAACAAGAACCCCAUCCAGGCCAUCGGCGGUGUCAAGGGCGUCAACAACUUCGCUUUCGGCUACAUCCAGCAGACCGUCCAGUACGCUGUCCGGUUCGACCCUGCCCUCAACUCCUCCAUCUUGAGGGAAGACUACUACAGCGACCUUGUCUACGCCCGCAGCGUCGGUGGAGGCGGAGCCGUCAACACCCGCGAUGGCCUCCGCGCCAACGACACGUCCGGUGUCUCCCUCCAGUUCCAAUACGAGGAGGCCGACUGCCGUCUCUACUUCACCCCGGAGAUGACCGUCGACAUCACCGCCCUAUGGAAGGCCGCCGCGGACGCACAGUGGAGCAACAACGGCAAGUGCGUCAACGGCGCCCGCUACGCCGACGGAAAGCGCGCCCUCCCCAAGCCCAACAUGAAGGUCACAACCAAGCUCAGCCCCCCAAUCCAACGCGUCCGCGUCGCAGACAACGACAACCGCAUCCGCGCAUUUGAGAAGAGUUUCGAGCUGGAGACAGAGUGCAAGCUCAAGGGUAACGGUUUCAUGGAGCCGUAA